AUGAGGCAAUCAAAAGUUUACGACGACGAUGCAAGUACCUACAGCAAAUCGUUGUAUGCAAAGCGACAUUCGCUGAUGGGAUGUCAAAGUGAUCGGCCAGCCGAAGACAGCAGAAAACGACAAUCUUUGCCAUCAUCCACCAAAAUCUCCAACCCCGCCACCUCCAAGAGACGUAGUAGCACAUAUGACAAACCUUCCAAGUCUCGAAGAUCCUCUGAAAUGACCAAUGAUACCCUGAUCAAAAUGCCAAAACUAAAGAACCCCUUCAAAAAACUGAGAAGAAGGCACUCCAUGAAUGAUGCCAGCAAAAGCAGACACUACUAUGGUGAUGGCGAGUCCUUCUUCUGCGAGAGCAUGGCCAUGUUCCUAUUCUUCCAUUGCACCUUUAACAGAGGCUAA